AUGGAAUGAGAUAAUGACGCUAUUAUGAAAUCCUUCCAAAAACAAAUCGAAAAUUGCCAUGAAGUAGGAAGCACUCCAAUAAAGCCUAUUGAUUCCCGAGUAGAAGGUGGAAAAAGCGAAAUCCCUAUGCUUUUGCCUCAAGUAGAAGACCCAUCAUUAAAACCUUUACUAAUGGCUUGAUAUUACGCAGGAUACUAUUCAGGAAGAUAUCAAGCUUUCCAAGAAAUGAAGGACAAUAGGCAAUUAAAAUAA